UUGUAUUUCUUUCUGCUAUCAAUGAUCAAAUCUUAAAUGAAGCGUAUAAAAUAAUUUUAUUAAUUGUAUUAUAUUUGAAAUAAUGAAAAUACGAAAAUGUUUUCAUACGAGAAGAAUUCCUAUAUAUUUGAUAAUAUUUGUUUUUAUUGUUUGUAUUUGCAUAUUUUAUCAAUACAGGCAUUUUAAAGAAUUGGAUGGUAUUUCAAAUAUAAAAUUCCCUUACGUAGUAAAACAAGCAUUAAUUGGCGUAAACCGGAGACAGCUACCAUAUUAUAAGAAAGAAGAAACAGAAAAUAAAUUUCAAUGUUUAAAUUAUAAACAAAAUUUAGACUUUCAAAGUGUAAAUGACGAUUACUGUGACUGUGUGGAUGGAACUGACGAGCCUGGAACUAAUGCAUGUUCUUUUAAUCAAUUCAAUUGUGCAUAUAAAAAACCACAUUUACCUGAAAAAUUGAUACCGGCUAGUAGGGUUAAUGAUGGUAUAUGUGAUUGCUGUGAUGGUUCAGAUGAAUGGCUAAUGAAAACUUUUCAACCAAUUGAUAGGGAAACCCAGAAAAAAAUUGGACGUUACUUGUCUCCUUGCCCAAAUUUAUGCCCUUAACUCUAAUUCAAAUA